CAGAGAUGCGUGUUCACCUGUAUCUAUCACACCACUAGCUACAAAAUUAGCAGCUCUGAGAUUCAGCACUAUAAGCACUCGCAGCAUAUCACAGAGACUUCCAUAUAACGAUGACGUCACAGAAUAUUUCCCUAAAGUAGAAAAUCCAUUCACCAUUCCUUUGAGAGACGAGGAAUCGUCGACCGAAAUGGAAAAUAAAUUUAUUUUUAGCAAAGACUUGGCUACCAGCCGGACUGAAUCAACUGUAAAUGGAACUCAAUCUACUGUGUCUACAACUCAAAUGGGCGACGUUACGCUUGACAAAAUGAUAGAGGAUAUUAUUAAAAGCACAAAGAUUGUUAAAUCAAAACGUAAAAUUCUCAAAACCUCUCCAUCGGACUGUCAAAUGAUAAAAGAGGAAAUUCCUCAGAUCGAGCUCGUCAAAGUUUUAUUCGUUAACCCUCAAGCAGAGAAUAAAGCUAAUUUGAUCAAAGAAGCCAAAUAUGUGAAUCUAUCAAGAGAAAAUUCAAUAUCACCUAAAGCCACUCCGGCAAAGAAAAAGAAACCGGUGCAAGUAGUCAAUGAAAAAUUGCUAAAAAAUUUACCCGUUGGAUGUUUUAUAUUAGACGAUGGUGAAGGUUAUCAUGAAAGGGAGGUAAAAACUCCUGAAAAUAUAAUUCGGAGAAGAUCUUUGAAUAUAACGGCCGAUGAAAAUAGAUCACUGACCAGAACACAGUCAAUGCACAUGUCAGUGUGUAGACAAAACUUAAAAACAACGUUAUCUGAAUCAACUCCAGAUUUGUAUUCAACGUCCGAAAAUAAAACUCUAAAAUUAAAGCGACAAAAAUGCAUUCGCCGCAAAAAAUCUACCGUCAGCAACGAAAGCCUUUUGAAGCCACAACUUCCGGAACAGAAGCAAACCAUACUUACAUUAGAGAUUGGAAUACCCAGUCCAGCAACAGUACUCCCAGAUAUAUCUAUGUGUGAGCCCUUAACCUCUCCUUUAGCCGUCCCGCUAGGAAUCGUUCAUGAAAGUCACUCUCUUAGAUCCAACGUAUCACACAGUAGCCUUAUGAUGCACCAACAAAAUCUAAAUAGACAUUCACAGGAACUGUUCGGUUUGACCCUUGAGAGUGGUAUCCCAAGUCCCAUCACUCCAGUUCCGAACCUAAAGCGACCCAGUAAAGUACUAAGCGAGGAGAGAGCGCACAAAACAUGUAAAGUGGACGAAGAACUGAUUUCGACAAAUGCUAAUACACCUAUCAUUGAGCAUAAGUCUAUAAGACGCUGUCUGACCUUUUCCCCAGAAGAGUACAGUAUUAGCAGUAGUGAUGAAAAGAGAAGAAGCGUGGCUAGCAACCGCUUAGAGCGAAGCAGCGACCGCUUCCAAGCUCCCAAAGGAACUAUAGAUUUAGAGAUCGUCACGAGAAAUGACGUUAUCGAUGUGCACGUAAUAAGAUGCAGGGAUCUGCAGAGGCCUGCUGGAAAGACAGAUGAGAUCAACGCGUAUGCGAAGGUGGUUAUCAGUGGCGUACCGGAGAACCAGAGCCUGCCUUCACAAAGGUCGAUCUUCCAAAGAACGUCAGUUCUUUACGGGAAGCGAGAGCCCGAAUUCCAAAGGCACCUGAGGCUGCCGCUGCCCACCGCAGUAUACGAGCACCAGCUGCUUCACAUCUCAGUUUGGCACAGAGACAAGAAAUACCGCCGGAGCGAGUUCCUAGGAUGUGUCUCGUUCCAGUUGAAAGAUGCUAUUGAGUGCGACAUCAAGGGCACCUACUUCCUGCAGCAAAACGCGGGGCGUGGCCUCAACGCUGCGCCGCUGGCACAUGAGAGAGCCGGCGAUCGUGUAGCUGAAAUCGAACGACCCAAGAUGGCCACCGACAACAUUGAGACCAGCACCAACGAUGGAACCAAAGAGAACCACAACGAUAAAGGUGUUACAAAUGGUCCCUCCGCGACCACAGCCAGUCAGGCCCAAGCGGUAGCCGCGGCACUACAAAGAGAAGCUGACGAGCACCUCUUCCUACGAUACUUGGAGCUGGACCCUCCGGAUGAUCCAUCGGCUCCGAGACGGCCCCAACGGAAUGGCAGAACCCCGUUCACCACAACUAGAAAACUCCUAAGGGGUACUGCAGGUGGUUUUGGUUUCACCGUAGUAUGGACCAGACCACCAAGAGUCGAGAGGGUUGCCCAAGGGGGCUCUGCAGAAAGAGCCGGACUGAGAGCCGGAGAUUACAUUGUGUUUGUUGGCUCGAAGAACGUCGUCACAGCAUCUGAAGAGGAAGUUAGAAAUCUUGUGAAGUCCGCAGGCCAGAUACUCCAAUUGGAGACAUUUAGAAGGGUACCGCCUAAUGGAGUCGGCGUUAGACCGAGGCUAGCCCAAGUAUCAAUACCCCCGCCAGAGUCGACACCGCCACCCCCACCACGGUCACCACGGGGCAACGCUCUGGCGUCACCCGCCACGGCCGCGCGACCCCCAACCGCCUGCUCUUCGACCAGCCAGUCUCUGGACCGCCGCAAACUGCACCUACCCCAGGUCACCUUCUCGAAGGAGACCCCAGGACUGUCAAGAGAUGGGAGGAAACGGGCACUCUUGGCAGUGGUAGCCAGGGAGCAGCACUAUGCCACGUGCCUCCAGUUCGGACUAGUGAGGUUCGUGUCGCCACUAGCAGAAAGGGCAGACCUCAUCACACCGAGCGACCACCAGCUGCUAUUUCAAAACUUGGAAGAGAUAUUUCGGCUCUCAGAAGACAUCCUGGAUCAAGUGGUGCAAGACGACGGUGAGAUUCAGACGUCUACAGUGGUCGCCGUUUACUUGCAAAAAACGCCCGUAUUUCUCAGCUUAUACAAGAAAUACUGCCUUGGACUGAAGAGGGCCGAUUGUGUGUUGGUGAAGAAAUCAAAAGACCCCAGCGGAGCAUUUUCCCGGUUCUGCACCAGUCCUCCGAUACCCCGUAGAAGACCAGACAUCACGUCCCUAGUUCACAAGCCUCUAGAACAGUUCAGAGAGUUGUUGAGGUUAAUGCGAACAGCCGCGUCUGCCACCGGCGCUGGUCCCUACGAUCAGCUCGAGAAGAAGCAACUCCAGUUGAUUGUAGAACAGUUACAGGGUAGCUAUCAAGAUGUCACCGCUGGCUCCGGGCUGAUGGGGCUGGCUGGUGAUGGGAAGCCCCUGCUGUCAGUUGCUGAUUUAGAAAGCAGACUCGUGUUCACUAGGUGUAAGCCAUUCGUCCUAAGCACAGCUGGGCGUCAGUGGAUAUUUGGAGGCGAGCUCUCUAGGGUGGAAGGUCGCGCAGUCAGACCAUACUGGGCACUGUUGUUUAGUGACCUCCUACUGUUUGCGACGGUCUCGCGUGAUAGAGUGCUGUUCGUAACGGAGGAGCCUGUCGCUCUGGGGGCCGUGUCUGAAGCACAGUUUAAUCUAAGAAAAAAAGUAACGGAGUUUCGUCUAAUCUUGGGUCGCGUAGGAGGAGAAUCGCCAUUAGUGUCGUGUGCUCCUCGCACUCCAGGUCGAACACGUACAUUGGUUCUUCGAGCACCAUCGAUAGACUUGAAAGCUGUUUGGCAAAGCCUACUACAAAGGCAGAUAUAUCGAGCGCAUACCAUGUCCGGUACUCCGUUGGGCUCACCGCUGGAUUCUCCUGACCCACAGCUUACAUUCUCCCUUGCUACCCUCGACUCGCAGCUGCGUCAGACGCGACGAAGCUCAGCCGAAACUCAAACAGCCGCUGGCGGGAGUGCAGUGGAUGUAGCUAGAAGUAUAAGAAGCAAAGGCUCUUCACAACACCUGCAAAGGUGGAUGACGCAGUUACCCGAAACUGAAGAACUGGAUCCACCGGAACCGGAUGUAGAAACAUGGAGUGUAGAAGAGUUAAGAAAGAGAUCAAAAGAGCUUAAUCUACUUGAAGUAGCCGAACUCGUCGUUAAUCAUGAAAGUAAAGGAGCUUCUCCGAGUGAGAAAAAAGAAAAUGAUAGAAGUCCGUCGAAAAGUAGUAAUUCUGGUAGCCAAAUAACAGUUCGAACUAGUCCUGUAGUAGUCGAUACAAUUCCAGUUUGUAGGCAAUGCCAUAAAAAAUGCCUAUCAAAACCGAACAGUCCAUUAAUUUCCCAGAAAGAGCCCCCCGUAAUUCCGGUUAAACCAAAAAAGGAAGCUUCGCCACAAAAUUCAAAUUCAACGAAAAGCUCGAGAAGUCCAUGCAGCGCAAAUUACAGUAUUCGGAAACCGAAAAUAAUUUGUGGGUUGGAACGGAAAGGUGCUAUUAAAUUACGUCCAGAGGAUGGUCCAAAAGCAGCCAUGAAAGUCAUAGAUUCUAUAGAGCAAAGUCAGAGAAUGCUCAAAUCGAAAUCUUAUGAAUUAAAAACCGACUCACCUAUUUUAAAUAGAAGCAUACGCUCAAGAAGUCAAACUAAAAGUCAAUUAGAACUAAGGAAAGACGGCUCAUUUAGGACUCCGAGUCCUUCGUCCAGUAGUAGAAACAGUCCUUUAUCUACAAGCCACACUACUUGUAGUUCUAUGGUUUUUAAUUCAAGCUCCAAUGAUCUAAGAAUGUCUAACUCAAAUAUCGCGAACCAGGUACAGUGCGUGAUAGCUCAGGAAAAAUACAUCAAUGAAGUAAAAUGCGUGGAAAACAUUACAGUUACUAGAACUAGAGCAUCAACGAAUCACGCGGAGCCGACUUCUGCCAAAGAAGACCAAUUGACGAGGCAGAAGGCCGAAAACGUGCUUAACAAGGUUUUAGGAAUGAACAUCGUUGCCAAAAGAGAAAACCUUGGAUCAUGCUUACAAACAUCAUCUGUUUUUUUGGAUGAUGACUCUAUACAUGAAGAAGAUAUCGAUUUCAAAAUAGAAAGAGGUCUAAGAAGAUCUCCAAGAAUGGGUACAUCAGUUCUUAGUAAAAUGAAUGGCGAUAUAACUAAUAAGACUGAGAAAUCUGACUCGAACGUUAACUUGAACACAUCCGAAGCAGGGUCCGAUGAAGAUUUAGAACUAGGACCUCUCAUGUUAAUGGGACUGUCAGCUAUCAAUCCGACUGCACAUUUAAUGCGAGUAGAACCAUUUAAUAGAUCCUCUGUAACUGCUGGCCAUAAUCCAAGCUCAAGACCAGGGAGUCUAUGCUCGAUCAAAUCGGAAUCACCAGUUCCUAAUAUAGCUGUUGUGCCACCGACACCAGACUUCAAUUUUUCUAAUAAGACUGAUGACCAUUUAGAUGAAUCGCCGGACUCCCCAGAUAUCCCUGAAGAUCUACCUUAUGUUUCACUUAAAAGGUAUGGCACUAUGUCUAGCCUUGAGAGAUUACCAUCCGACGAAACUGAUGAUGGUAACGUUAGAUUAACUGCACAAGAACCGGAAGCAAUUAAAACAAAUAGUACAGUAGUUGGAGCUGCCGGAGGUAUAAUGGGCUGGACGGCAAGAGCAGGCUCAUUUGUAGUUGAGAAAAUGAACAUAUUUAGUUAUACCGAAAGUGUACCCAAUACUGCUGUAGCACACAAACAACCAUCAUUCUUGGAAAGGUGUCUCGGGGUCAGUGACUGGAAAUCGACAAUCGGAACGGAAGAGGGUACUGGAGAAACCGGCGAAGGGAGCGGUGCUAGCGGCGAAGAAGCUUGGGGUACACCUUCAUCAGGCGACUUGUCUGAUAACCUACCAGAUUCAGAUCAUGGAACUCUUUCGUCGCCAACAAAGUCGUCAUCUUCAUAUGCGGGAGAUGACGAUACAGAGCUAAUGAUGGAUGAACUUCUGAUGGCGCCCACUAUAACUGGACCUACCACUUUAAGGCCUUUGCUGCCAAGAGAUGUUUUUAGAAGAAGACUAGAACCACUAUUAGAAGAAGAGUUCUCAGAUAGUGGCAGCGAAGACAAUAAACCUACCCCCACCAAUUCUGACGACCAGGGCAGCGGGCGUGGCCUCGAUGCUGACGUCUGUUGCGACGCGCCGCACCGGCCACCCUCUGCUUCCGGGUCAGCAGAGGGAGGGGGUGCGGACGCCGCUCCAGUUGCUGGAGGGGAGGUCCAUGGUGGGGACGAGUUCGAUCUGAGCCCAGACCGAACUCCCACCAACGAAGUGCCUUCGACGCCCUUACAAUAUGUUUCAAAAGAGUUUGCGGAGGUGCGUGCCACUGCCUCUGCUGGAGGACGCCGGGACUCAGCCAGCUCAGCCAGCACCCCUUCCACACUCGACCGUACCACUAUACACAACCCCACGACCCUUCCACAACAAUCACCAGUUUUGGAGCCAGCACCAGUACCGGAGGUGUCUUCACAACCGGAACGUCCACUGACGCCGGAGCGACUCAGUCCUCGAGCGGAGAUGAGGUUGGCGCUGGACCAGGGGACGGAUAUGCUGGCAGAACAGGAGGCAUCUUGGGGUGGCGGGUCCGGCCGCUGGUCGUUUCGCGCGGCGUGUCAGAAGUCGCUGCUGCGUCGCGUGGCGAGCGCGGACGCCGUGGCUCUGUGCCGCGCGCCCCCCCACCGCACCGCCCCUCAUACUACUUCGCGCAGUUCUGUAUAUGCCUGGAAGGAUCCAGAAAGCGAAACGAAAACAAUGGAGAUGGAGGAACUGGCACGAGUGGAAGCUCAGAUGAUGCGUUCGCGGACGCGCUCUCUAUGCCAGAACGGGAAGAUAAUGGGUUUCCUCCGGCGCCGCGCGUCGUCCGAUAGCCCGCGCCGCGAGCCGUUGGACGUGGGACGGCCUUUCUCUCCGCGCCGGACGCACGAGAAGCAAUUUGAGAAGAGAUUCUGGAAACAAGUGACUAGAAGGCGACUAUCUUUGGGUUCCGUCAGUCAGAUAUAA